UAAAGCAACUAUGUCUGGACCACAUUUGAUUAUUUUGUUGUUGUGUUUGUUGAUGGUUCAGGUAAAGUGUUCGCUUAUUGACGAUGCAACAGCCAAACUUGAAACUUUACGGCAAACUGUAUUAAGUUCCAUAAAAUCAUCUGAAAAUCACCUAAAUGACCUAAGUUAUGACUUUGAAGUUUAUGCAGUCAAUGUUGAAACAAAAGGAAUAUUGUCAAUUCAGAACGGCGAGGAACAAGUCACUUCUGAACUCGACGCACUAAAGACAUUAGGAGAGUCAGCUAGUGUUGAUAUUUCUUAUUGUCUUGGUUCUCGUGAAGAGUAUCUUAUAAAUUUACCAGGAGUUAUUAUCGAAGAAUUAAAACAAUGUAUUUUGGGUGACGCUCAAGAAGCUUCCAAGAUUUUAAGUUCGAUCCAAUACAUAAUAGACAUUAAAAUCAACAGAGUUGAUGCUCUUGAAUUCCAACUUGACCUAUGCGAUCCUGAUAGUGAUGCAUGCAUUCAGCCGAUAGUUAAAGAGAUAGAAUUAGAAAUGGUAAACAUCCCCAACAGCAUUGCAACGCAGAUUGUAAGAGGUAAUGGUCUUUUUGAUGAAUUAAAAGUGUCAGUUCAAGCUUGUUCGGAUUUGAAAGUCAGUCAGUAUAGCAGCAGUGCAAGUGUUGUUCUCAAGGACAUUACUCAAUGUGUUAAUUCGAUCAUAGGUUAGUUAAGUGAUAGAUAAUAAUCUUUUAUUGUUUUGUAUUUUUAUCGAGAGAUAAUGUACUUGUCUGUUCACAAUAAUAAAUUAGUUUAACAAAGUUUAUAAGUAACGUAAAA